AGUCGUUUCUACAUAUCAUGGGUAAUGUAGUCCAAAAUCUACGCCUUUCUAUGCCGUGUGCGGUCGAAAAGAACUACAUUACCCAUAAACCUUUGCGUCCGUGAACGGAAGACACGCAAGGUCAGCUUAGAAUCAUGAACUACUCUAGGUUUUUGACAGCUGUGAGUAAGGCAAGGAAGCCGUCUCCUAUCCGCAUCCUGACGGAGCUGCAGCAACGCUCUCCCCCAAGCCUGAUCUCUCUUGCUGGUGGAGCCCCAAACCCCAACACUUUCCCCUUCCUUUCUGCCACCAUUCAGAUGAAGACUGGAGAAACUCUCCUGUUUGACCAGACUUUGAUGAAGAGGGCUUUACAGUAUUCUGGCUCUUCUGGCAUUCCGGAGCUGAUCUCAUGGAUGAAGGAGCUGCAGAAGAGGCUGCACAAUCCUCCCACAGCAUGCUACAGCCCAGAGAGAGGGCAGAUGGACCUGUGUGUCACCACUGGCAGUCAGGAGGGCCUCUGCAAGGUCUUUGAGAUGCUCAUCAAUCCUGGUGAUAACGUCCUUCUUGAUGCUCCGACGUACUCAGGAACUCUGGCAGCGAUCCAGCCUCUGGGAUGUAACAUCAUGAACGUGCCCAGUGAUCAGCAUGGAAUGAUCCCAGAGGCUCUGAGAGACCUGCUGUCCAGAUGGGAUCCUGCAGAUGCACAGAAACCUGGCAGCGACGUCCCCCGCGUCCUCUACACCAUCCCUAAUGGAGGAAACCCCACAGGCGCCUCCAUGACUGCAGAGAGGAAACAGAAAGUCUAUGAGCUGGCACAGGCUUAUGAUUUCCUUAUCAUUGAGGAUGAUCCAUAUUACUUCCUACAGUUUGAAAAGCCGUGGGCUCCUACCUUUCUCUCUAUGGACGUUGAUGGGAGAGUAAUACGUACUGACUCCUUUUCCAAGAUCCUGUCAUCAGGAUUGAGGGUAGGUUUUGUCACAGGGCCGAAACCGUUAGUGGAUCGUGUGGUCCUUCAUAUCCAAGCGUCUACAAUGCACACCAGCACCUUCACCCAGAUCAUGGUGUCUGAGCUCCUGCAUGUUUGGAGACAGGAGGGCUUCCUGAAGCAUAUAGACAGUGUGGUGGAGUUUUACAGAACCCAGAGGAACGCCAUGCUCUCUUCAGCACACAAGUGGCUCCAAGAUGUAGCAGAGUGGCACGCACCAGCAGCUGGCAUGUUCCUGUGGAUUAAACUUAAGGGCAUUAAAGACACACAGAAGCUUAUUAUGGAAAAAGCACUGGAGAAAGAGGUGCUGCUCGUGCCUGGAGGAGUGUUUAAUAUUCACAGCUCAGAGCCAUGUCCUUACGUGAGAGCGGCCUUCUCUCUUUCCACACCACAGCAAAUUGAUGAGGCUUUCAAGAGGCUCUCAGAACUUAUCAGAGAGGCUUUGUGAGAACAUCAUCGCUAAUUAAGAUGAAUUAUUUUCAUCUUCAAGGAUUGUUUUGCACACAGACACUAUACCAUUAUAUUGUUGCUGCUGAGGGACACAUUUCUCACUACUUUUAUUCUACCUUUACAGUCUAUCGUUAAAACGCUAUAAUUUAUAGAUCAUUGUUGACUUUACUUGAAGUUCAGUUAAAAUGAGGGCAGAUAAAAUCAUUAUUAACCCAGGAAUACUGAUGAACAGAAGGAGUUUAUACACUUGAAUUAUCGUAUGAUCUGUUUUAGGUUUAAUUCUAAUAGAGACUGUGAAUGAGUCUAAUAAUAAUAUAUAGAAAUGUGAAUGCUGUGUUGUAAAACAUGUUCAGGUGUUCAGUGGUGUAAUAAAUUCACUUUCAACCAA